CCCGAUGGCGAGAAUGGGAGCUAGGAAUCAGGGAGUGAGGUGCAAUUUAAGGUACGAGUCUAGCCUCUUCUUCCAAGGCAACCCCAUCAUACGGCUUAUGUCCCCUGCGACGAAUGCAACAACGCCUGCGGAGAAUGCCACAACUCCGGCCUCUGCUCCGGCAUCCCGGCCAUCUGUCGGUUCAACCAGCAAAGAAGGAAAAAAGAAAACAAUUCUUGCAAUUUCGAUAUAUGCAGUGAGUGCGGUGCUGCUAAUCUCCAUUAUUUACGCUUUCUUCAAGAGAUUGAGGAAGCAGACACGGCAGCCACCUUAUGCAACUGACUCGGAGGAGGCCACACAAGUCGAAUCACUACUAUUUGAUCUAUCGACACUACGAGUUGCAACAGUCAACUUCUCAGAGGAAAAUAAACUUGGUGAAGGUGGUUUCGGAGCUGUUUACAAGGGAGUGCUACCAGAUGGACGAGUAAUAGCAGUGAAGCGGCUGUUGAACUCUGGGCAAGGACUUGGAGAGCUUAAAAAUGAGUUGGCUUUGGUUGCCAAGCUCCAGCACCGGAAUCUCGUAAAGCUUCUGGGAGUUUGCUUGGAGGAAGAGAAGAUGAUCGUCUAUGAAUACGUGCCUAACACGAGCCUCGACAAAUUUCUUUUUGAUCCUGCAAGAGGCGAACAACUAACUUGGGGAAUUCGAUACAAGAUCAUUUGUGGGAUCGCUAGGGGCCUGCUUUAUCUGCACGAGGAAUCUCAGCUAAAAAUCAUACAUCGAGAUCUAAAGGCCUGCAAUAUCUUGUUGGAUGCAGAUAUGAACCCAAAGAUCUCAGAUUUCGGUUCAGCUAAGCUUUUCGAUGGCGAGCAAACUCAGGGCAUGACGAGUCGAGUUGUGGGAACCUUUGGAUACAUGGCACCAGAGUAUGUGAUCCAUGGCCAAUUUUCGAUCAAGUCAGAUGUGUUCAGCUUCGGUGUUCUGGUUUUGGAGAUUUUGACGGGAAGAAAAAACAGCACAGCUUGUAAUCCUGAAAAUACUGAAGACCUUCUAAGCUAUACAUGGGAGAAAUGGCGAGGAGGAUCAGCCUUGGAGAUGGUAGAUCCAGCCUUGGGCAAUCAAUUCCAUGGGAGCGACCUGUUAAGAUGUAUGCAGAUUGGGCUAUUGUGUGUGCAGGAAAACCCGUUUGCCAGGCCUAGUAUGUCGACAGUCGCUGUGAUGCUAAGUAGUGCAACAGUCACUCUGCAAGCUCCUUCACAACCUGCAUUUUGUUAGAUAGGAUAUUAUUAAAAAAAUAAAUCAUGAUAAGA